AUAGUGAAUGCGGGGUCCGGGGAAACCGAAUAUAGUGAACGCAGGGUCCGGGGGGAGACCGGAUAUAGUGAACGCAGGGUCCGGGGGAGACCGGAUAUAGUGAACGCAGGGUCCGGGGAGAUCGGAUAUAGUGAAUGCAGGGUCCGGGGAAACCGGAUAUAGUGAAUGCAGGGUCCGGGGAGAGCGGAUAUAUGCAGGGUCCAGGCAAAAUAGAGGGAGUGCUUUAUUCAAGGUGCUCCAAAUGAUGUAAUUUCUGAUGCAGCAUGUAAGGCGUGACUGGAAGUUGAUG